AUGAAACUCCCUCUAUUUCUGACUCUUCUGGUUGGGGCCGUUUCUACUCUUCAUCUGAGGACAGAAACUCCCGACUUCAACAGCCCCUUGGAAAAUGAAGCCUUGCCUCAGGAUGGGGAGAUACUAGAACCAGAACCUGAGGAGGCCCCUGCUGGGAAGCUGAUGCCGAUGGAGGAGGAGGUAGAAGGAGGCUCUGGAAGCGAAGGUGAUCCUGAGGAAGAGGAGGCUAUGGAUUCAGACUCAGCCCUGGAUGUGGUGGACAAGGACCUUCAGUGCCCUAAGGAAGAAGACAUAGUCAAACUGGAAGGCAGCCCUGGAUGCAAGACGUGUCGCUACCUCCUGGUGAGGAGGGCCAAACAGUUUAAUAAGGCUCAGUUUGUCUGUCAGAGGUGCUACCGGGGCAACCUCGUCUCCAUCCACAACUUCAGCUUUAAUUACCAACUCCAGUGCUCCGUCAGGGUGCUCAACCAGGGUCAAGUCUGGAUCGGAGGCAGGAUCGUGGGCAGGGGCCGUUGUAAAAGGUUCCUCUGGGCUGAUGGCAGCUCUUGGAAUUUUGCGUACUGGGCUGCUGGCCAGCCCAACACCUGUGGUGGCAGAUGUGUGGCCCUAUGUACCCGAGGAGGUAACUGGCGUACCGCUCACUGUGCCAAAAGACUUCCUUUCCUCUGUUCCUACUGA